CUCCCUUCCGCACCUCCCAGCCAGGAGCCCCAUGGCACCUGUUCAGCCUUGCCUCAGCCCGUCUUGACAAAUUCCUAGGCUCCAUGGAGCCACCACGGGCUGCCCCUUCCAACGGGGCCGAGCCAUCCCGUACGGUAGGAACCGUCAAAGUGUACCUGCCCAACAAGCAACGCACCGUGGUGACAGUCCGGGAUGGCAUGAGUGUAUACGACUCUCUAGACAAGGCCCUCAAGGUGCGGGGCCUCAAUCAGGAUUGCUGCGUGGUCUACAGGCUCAUCAAGGGGCGAAAGACAGUCACUGCCUGGGACACGGCCAUCGCUCCCCUGGAUGGAGAAGAGCUCAUUGUGGAAGUCCUUGAAGAUGUCCCAUUGACCAUGCACAACUUUGUACGGAAAACCUUCUUCAGCCUAGUGUUCUGUGACUUCUGCCUUAAGUUUCUGUUCCAUGGUUUCCGCUGCCAGACUUGUGGCUACAAGUUCCACCAGCAUUGUUCCUCCAAAGUGCCCACAGUCUGUGUCGACAUGAGUACCAACCGUCGACAGUUCUACCACAGCAUCCAGGAUUUGUCCGGAAGUUCCAGACAGCCCGAGGCUCCCACAAACCGCCCCCUGAAUGAGCCACUAACCCCUCAGGGUCUCAGCUCCUGCACCCAACACCACAGCCCUGAGCACUUCCCUUUCCCUGCCCCGACCAACACCCCUCUCCAGCGCAUCCGCUCCACAUCUACCCCCAAUGUCCAUAUGGUCAGCACUACCACCCCAAUGGACUCCAGCCUCCUCCAGCUCACUGCCCCGAAUUUCAGCACCGAUGCUGCUGCUGGCAGAGGUGGUGGUGACGGUGCCCCCCGGGGAAGCCCCAGCUCCACCAGCAUGUCCUCGGGGAGGAAAUCCCCACAUCCCAAGUCUCCCUCAGAGCAGCGAGAGCGGAAGUCCUUGGCCGAGGAGAAGAAGAAAGUGAAGAAUCUGGGGUACCGGGACUCGGGCUAUUACUGGGAAGUGCCACCCAGUGAGGUGCAGCUGAUGAAGAGGAUCGGGACAGGCUCUUUUGGCACCGUGUAUCGCGGGCGGUGGCAUGGCGAUGUGGCCGUGAAGGUGCUCAAGGUGGCGCAACCCACAGCUGAGCAGGCCCAGGCCUUCAAGAACGAGAUGCAGGUGCUCAGGAAGACACGCCAUGUCAACAUCUUGCUAUUCAUGGGCUUCAUGACCCGGCCAGGGUUUGCCAUCAUCACACAGUGGUGUGAAGGUUCCAGCCUCUACCACCACCUGCACGUGGCUGACACCCGGUUCGACAUGGUCCAGCUCAUCGAUGUGGCCCGGCAGACUGCCCAGGGCAUGGAGAGUCAGGAUUGUGGCUGGUUCGGGUGCUGCUCUUGGACGCUUCUGUCAGACUUGAGGUAUGGUCGCCAUUGCAAGGGGGGCAUUGUGGGGCCAUCUUGAUCAGGCUCAAAGGUGGGCAGGUUUGAGUGUCAUUGGAAGGGUGUCACAGGGGCCAGGCAGUGGCACACCCCGUUGAGCACAAGGACCCAGGUUUGAGCCCCUGCUCCCUACCUGCAGGGGGGACGUUUCACAAGCAGUAAAGCAAGUCUGCAGGUGUCUCUUUAUCUCCCCCUCCCCUCUUAAUUCCUUUCCAUCAAAUCCUCGCAAUAACCCUGGAGGCAAAAAAAAAAAAAAAAAAAAGGAGUGUCCCCAUCAGGCGAAGGAUAGAGGCCAUCUAGCCAAGUCACGUGUAACAUUAGGGGACUUCCGGUCAGGCUCAGAGGUAUGGCCGGUGUGAAGGAGGUCAUCAGAACCCCCCACCCCAGUCAGGGUGAGAUUGGGC